UGUUUCCAGCAGCGCACCCAGUUUUUCAAAUCAAGUUUUACUACCCAAAGCACAACACCAUCACAACACCAUCACAAUGUCUCAGGGCCCAAUCGCACAUGACGACCAGGAGCAGUUGCUUCAGCGAUACCAUAAGGAGCGCGACAAGAGGCUCACCGAAGCCGGUGAGGGACAAUAUAUCAACGUUCGAUCGAAAGAAAUCCAAGAUCUUGCCAAAGACCCAUGGGUAGACUACAAUGAUCCCCGGAUCCAGAACCCACCUCUAAAAGACGGGAGUAGCAUCAAGUUUUUGAUCAUUGGUGCUGGACACAACGGACUCCUCUUUGGCUGUCGCUUGGCAGAGGCUGGAUUCAGCGGACGCGAUAUCGUGUGCGUUGAUACAGCUGGCGGCUUCGGCGGUACCUGGUACUGGAAUCGCUACCCUGGGCUCAUGUGUGAUGUAGAGGGUUACAUCUAUCUGCCGCUCCUUGAGGAAACUGGUUACGUUCCUAAGCACAAAUACUCCUACGGUGCCGAGAUCCGAGGCCAAAAUGAGCGCGCUGCGAAGCACUUCGGCAUUCAAGGCCAGUUUUGUACGAAGAUCGACUCGCAGAUAUGGGAUGACGACAGAGGGGUUUGGGUCGUGACCAUGACCCGUACUCUCGGGGAGAACGCAAAGCCCGAAACCAUCACAGUCUUUGCUGAAUUCGUCGUCAUUGCUGGAGGCGUUCUCAAUGUACCGAAAAUUCCAAAGCUCCCAGGUUGGGAGAAACUUCGCAACAACAAACAAGUGUUCCAUUCGGCUCGUUGGGACUACGAAUACACUGGUGGCAACCAGGAGCAACCGGACUUACACAAACUCAAAGACAAAGUUGUUGCGAUAGUCGGUACUGGUGCGACCUCAGUUCAAAUUGUGCCCGAAUUGGCCAAAUGGGCAAAACAUGUGUACGUCGUCCAGAGGACGCCAUCGUACUGCGGAUAUCGUGGUAAUCGCUUGACUGAUGAGGAACAUUUCAAAGCUCUUUCCAAGGAGAAAGGGUGGCAGAAUAGUCGGCGAAUUAACUUCAAUGCCUGGACUACCAACAGCACCGACGGACAUGAGCCCAAUCUGGUAAACGAUGGGUGGACUCACACUCCCGCUAGCGCAGGCAUUUUGGGUUCGACUUGGAAAAUUGUCGAAGCACAGGAUGUUGGAAAACACAUCAGUGAUCUCCACAAACUUGAUCGGCAGCGCACUGACCUAUUGCGCAAGCGCAUUGAUGACGUGGUCAAGGAUAAGGACACGGCCGAGAAGCUGAAGCCAUGGUACGGUAGCUGGUGUAAACGCCCUACCUUCCACGACGACUACCUGGAAGCAUUUAACCAAGCCAAUGUCACGCUGAUUGACACCGAUGGCAAGGGCAUGGACGCAUACUCUGAGAAUGGCUUUGUGGUCGGCGGCCAAGAAUACGAAAUCGACGCUCUUAUACUCGCAACCGGCUUUGUUGCUACUGCCGGCAUAGACCCUGCUGAGAAACUCAAUGCUAUCAUCAAGGGUCGCAACGGAGAAACAAUCGCCCACAAAUUCGAGACCGCGAGCAACCCACCAGUGUUUGGCAUUGCGAUGAGCAACUUUCCCAACCUUUUUGGUCAUUUCAACCGCGGCUCUCCAGCUGCCUGGAAUUUCACUUCAGUCUUUGACACGAUGGCGAAAUAUUUUGCACAAACCGUUAAAAAGGCACAUGUCAAGGCGAAGGAUGGUCAGCGGCUCAUCAUUGAGGCUGACCCCGAAAGUGAAAACAUGUGGGGAGAGGAAGCUAAAAAGACUGCCGCAUGGUAUGCGGCACUUCAAUCUUGCACCCCCAGUUACUUCAACGGCGAAGGAGCGGCGCUCACGAAGGCCAAUAGUAUGACCCAAGAGGCAAUGCUCAGAAUGGCUAGAUUUGGCUGGGCCGCUGGACCAGUCGAUUAUGAUGAGAAAUUAGGAGCCCUCGCGAGUAAGGCUGAGCUCGAAGGUUACAAUGUUACAGUCUUAGCUAAGUAGGAUCUCCGACGAGGCUCAUUAUCGUCGACUACGAAGUAUUAUCGCAACCCGCACUAUUCUACAAUGCUAUAUUGUGACACAUUGGAUUUUUGGCGUAAUAUCAUCGCUCUGUACUUCGCAUUAAUUGAUGUGGCAUAAUUUGGCACCACUUGUUCGUUGGGAUAGAUCAUACUUAUUGUCGUUUUUCGUUUCGCUGCCGUCGUGCACGUUGCAUAAUCCAAACUGUAUUUGCUCUCUCUCGGCGCUUUCUCUGACCGAAUGAAAGCUUUUCCCUCUUCGAAAGGCGAUACGAA